AUGGCGCAAGCGAAGCUCGACGUGUCGGAGAAAUCUGGCGGCGGCAUUAAAGAGAAGGAUAAGGAUUCCGAGGAAAAGGAAGGUCCCACUGUUGUGCCAGAAUGCGCAGUAUGCCUGCAGCCAUGUAUCCAUUCAGCACGAUUACCCUGCAGCCAUAUAUACUGCUAUCUGUGCGUAAAGGGUGUCGCUGAUCAGAGCAAGCGGUGUCCGAUGUGUCGUCAAGAGAUCCCACCGGAUUUUCUCGAGAGACCUCAGCUGGUGGAAGUGGAGGAGCCUCAGAAGGAAUCGGAACAUCCUGAGGAAGAGUAUCAAUGGUUUUACAAAGGUCGAAAUGGUUGGUGGAAAUAUGAUCCGAGGACAAGCAAUGAUCUGGAGACUAUUUACAAACUAGGUGACGCGCAAUGCGAACUUUUGAUCUGUGGCAUGCUUUAUGUAUUUGACUUUGAAAAGAAAUGUCAAUAUAGAAAAUACAACCCACGUUACAAACGUAAUAUCAAACGUGAUAAAAAAGAUGCUCCGUGCAAGGGUGUCUCGGGUGUACGAUUAAAUAUCGUUGGCGAAGAAAAGAUACGCGAUCGAGAAGAAAGAAUGGAAGUUGAAGCAAACGAGGAAGAAAUGGAAGUGCCUGAAGAAAUGGAAGUGCCUGGAGAAAUGGAAGUAAAUGAAGAGGAAGGAAUGGAAGUUGAUGAUGAUGAUGAUGCAGUAUUGUCAGACGAUUCAUGUUAUGAUAGUGAAAUGUCUGAGGAUUUUUCAGAAGAAAUAUUCAGAGUCAUGAAUCAGGCUGAAGUCAAUGCGUUAAAUCCUCUUACAAGGAUGUGCUGCAC